UGAUGGGGACUGCGCCGAAGGAACUGCAGGGCGGCCUUGCCUGGAAGCACCCUUGGAACCGCUUAUGGGAAGAACUGAGCCCGGCCGAAGACCGCAUCCCAGUGGAGGGAAGACGGAGGCCGGGGGCCAGGUCACAGGAGGAAGUGGCCAUCACCAUGGACGCCAGCCCGGACCGGUCCUUCUCCCCCGGCAAUCACUGGCUCUACUUCUCUGUGUACCUCUUCACCUUCCUCGUGGGGCUCCCCCUCAACCUGGCGGCCCUGGUGAUCUUCGUGGGCAAGCUGCGGCGCCGCCCGGUGGCUGUGGACGUGCUCUUGCUCAACCUGACGCUCUCAGACCUGCUCCUGCUGCUCUUCCUGCCCUUCCGCAUGGUGGAGGCGGCCCACGGCAUGCGCUGGCCCCUGCCCUUCAUCUUCUGCCCCCUCUCCGGAUCCCUCUUCUUCACCACCCUCUACCUCACCUCCCUCUUCCUGGCAGCUGUGAGCGUCGAACGCCUCCUCAGCGUGGCCUACCCGCUGUGGUACAAGGCCCGGCCGAGGCCGGGACAGGCCGGCCUGGUCAGCGGGGCCUGCUGGCUCCUGGCUGCCGCUCACUGCAGCGUGGUCUACGUGAUGGAAUUCUCCGGGGAGGCCACCAACGGCACCUGCUACCUGGAGUUCCAGAAGGACCAGCUGGCGAUUCUCCUGCCUGUCAGGCUGGAGAUGGCUGUGGUCCUUUUUGGGGUGCCCCUGCUCAUCACCAUCUACUGCUACAGCCACCUGGUGUGGGUGCUCAGCAGAGGCACCAACCACCGGCGGCGGAGGAGGGUGGUUGGGCUCGUGGUGGCCACGCUGCUCAACUUCCUCGUCUGCUUUGGGCCCUACAACGUGUCCCACGUCGUGGGCUACAUCCAGGGCGAAAGCCCGGCGUGGAGAAGUUACGUGCUGCUCCUCAGCACCUUGAACUCCUGCGUCGACCCGCUUGUCUACUACUUUUCAUCCUCUGGGUUUCAGGCUGACUUUCAGGGGCUGCUGAGGAGGCUGACGGGGGCCUGGGGCCCUUGGAGGCAGGAGGACAGCAUGCAACUGAAGGACAAGAAUGACGAGGGGCAGCCGGGGGAGCUGUCCAACGUAGAGAACAGGAGGGAGACUCCUGGAGGGCUGUGGAGCAGGCUGGGCUGCCGAGGGGCCUGGCGGGGGAUCUCGUAGCUCAAGUCGGGCAGGACCGGGGAGCAGGGGGCUGGGGACUGACGUGACUGAGCACCAGGCUGUGCUCACCCAAGCCCGGCUCUCUCGGUCUCACCCAACUGCCCUCGCUUCCCAUCCCUGCCCCCUAGGGAUUCAGCCCUGGGAAACAGGAGGAGGGCGGGCACCAGAGAAGCGGGAGCCCCCACGGCCAGCUCCUGGGCUUUCCUUAAGGUGACGGAGGAGGAAUCGACAGCAGUGACGAAGGCCUGAGAGAUGUGCCAGGCAGUGGAAGAAGCCACCCUUCAGAGCUGUUCCUACCCAGCAGGGUGAGAGUGGGGACACAGGCCAGGCUUCAGGGAGCAUCCUGCUCUCACAGAAGGUUCCCAUUGUUCAGUAAAUUCAGACUUUUAGGGACAUUUAUG